CGACUAGCUUCGACCCUCUGGUCGCGAGAAACGCCCCUUUAUUACAAAACUUGUGGUGUUGUCCAAGGGUUAGUGAACAGCAGGAAAGGGCAACUGGUCUGUCAACAUGCUGAAAACAUUAAACAGAACAAAUUUGAGACACUUGACUGGUCUCAUCCAGCGAUUCCAGAGUACGCUGGUCGUCGCAGAACACAACAAUGACACUCUGAUACCCAUUACUCUGAACACCAUCACUGCUGCCACCAAGCUAGGGGGUGAGGUGACCUGCUUGAUUGCCGGAACAAAUUGUGCAAAGGUUGCUGAGCAACUCUCCAAAGUCAAGGGUGUGCAUAAGAUUUUGGUGGCCCAGAAUGACGCAUUUAAAGGAGCAUUGCCAGAGGAGUUGACCCCACUGAUCCUGGCAACACAAAAGCAGUUCAAUUUCACUCACAUCUGCGCUGGUGCCUCUGCCUUUGGAAAAAACCUUCUUCCCAGAGUAGCUGCCAAGCUUGAUGUCGCUCCUAUCUCUGACAUCAUUGAGAUCAAGUCCCAAGACACCUUUGUAAGGACCAUCUAUGCAGGGAAUGCCCUUAGCACAGUCAAGUGCAAUGAGAGCGUCAAGAUCCUGACGGUCAGAGGAACGUCGUUCGAGCCUGCUGAAGUGGAGGGUGGCAGCGCAACGUCCGAGGAAGUGUCUCCGUCCUCUCCUGUCGGAGUGUCAGUGUGGCUGGAACAGAGUCUGUCCAAGAGCGACCGGCCAGACCUCGCCAGCGCCAAAGUGGUUGUCUCUGGAGGCAGAGGUCUGAAGAGUGGGGACAACUUCAAGCUGCUCUAUGACCUUGCUGAUAAACUCAAUGCCGCAGUGGGAGCCUCUAGAGCAGCCGUGGAUGCUGGCUAUGUCCCCAACGACAUGCAGGUGGGACAGACGGGGAAGAUCGUGGCUCCGGAGCUGUACAUCGCUGUGGGCAUCUCAGGAGCUAUCCAACAUCUGGCUGGAAUGAAGGACAGCAAGACCAUUGUAGCCAUCAACAAGGACCCAGAGGCGCCCAUUUUCCAGGUGGCUGACUACGGCCUGAUUGCUGAUCUCUUCAAGGCUGUUCCAGAGUUGACUGCAGCGCUCAAGUGAUCCGCGCCCAGCUCCUCCGCCGGCUCAUUCUCUCUCCCUGGGGAGAGGAAGAGAAGACCGACCAUUAAGUCAACGCUAAACCAGGAUACAAGCAACGUUUGCCUUAAAGAGCCGCUCUAGUGAAAGGGGUGAAAUUUGCAACCUUCAUGCUGUCAGUCUGCAGAAAAACCACAGAGUCACCGCUCCUUUCUCCAGCACAGCCAGUCAAAACAGCAUAUCAGCAGAGCAGGAAAAAAAGAGCCUUUCACCUGUUGUGGCUUCUAACUUGUCUUGUUACAUAUUUUGUAACUUGUAAUUAGAUUGAUGUCGCUUUGAUAAAGAUGAGUGUCCAAACUC